AUGAAGCAGGUAAACUCGUUCAUCUUUGACUCGGAAUAGACAAUGUUCAGACGGCAGCAAUCGUUCCGAAUGCAAUUUUUGGCCCCAACAGUUUCAUGAUCCGAAAUGUGAUCGAGGAUCAAGGGAAAGUGGUGUUCAUCUGUCUGCUCACCGUCCUUUUCUCCAUCCUUCCGGUCGGAUAUCAUAUUGUUCUGCUGAAUGUUCCUGAAAAAGUGAUUCAAGCCUUCAUUUUUGACAACUUUGAGAAUAUAUUCGGAAUCCACUUGUCCCCAAAUCAGGAGAGUUUGGUAUGGUGAGUGGUCUUCUGUUCUUCUGAAUCUCCUGUCCGUUUGCAGGUCUCUGACGGUCUCUUCGCAGGGAGUCGGCGCCCUGAUUGGCUGUUUUCUAGUGGGUCCAAUGUCGAAAUAUGGAGCCAAGCACGUGCUCAUGCGUCUAAACAACGUCAUUCUGAUUGCAGGUUUCAAUCGUCACCGACACUGCGAAGAGCGCAUUUGUAUUUGCAGGUUCAUUGCUCAUGUUUGUAUCCUAUUGGAUCUCUUUCCCAAUUGCCUUUAUUCUCGGAAGGAUCUUGACAGGCAAGUCUCGCCUCGAUGUCUUGAAACCACAAUUUCCUUUGCAGGCGUCUACACUGGCCUCGCGUGCGCAUUCGCUCCGUUGUACCUACAACAAGUGAUUCCGAAGAACAUAAAAGGAUCAAUGAGCUGUUUUCUGCACAUCGCCGUCUGUUUCGGAUCCUCCCUGGGCGCCAUUUUCUCUCUUCCGUUCAUGUUCGGAAGUGAAACCACUUGGCCCAUUCUGGUUGUUCUCCCUGCCUUUUUUGGAGCUACAAUUCUGGCUGCUUCCUUUUGGAUCCCAGACACUCCAAACAAUCUGCUUCAAAUGGGAAGAUAUACGGAAGCCAUUCAGAGCAUCAAGUAGGUUGUGAGCGUGGAAGUGUCCAGGAGAAGUUCCAGAUGAAUUCAGGUUCUAUUAUGACAUUGACGACAGUGAUGAAGAUGAAAUCAUCAAAGAGUACUGGGAUAUGGUGCCAGAGAUGCCUGAGCAGCUCUCCAUUUGUUCGGCCUUCAUGAAUCCUUCGAUACGAAGAGGAAUGCUCCUCGGAAUGAUUGUCAGUGCCACUCAGAUAUUCUCGGGAAGCAUGGUCUCGAUCUCUUACUCAACAGAGUACGCAUUUGCCCAUCUUCUAUAGACAACUCAAACCCUUUCCAGAAUGUUCGAAGCUGUCUCUUUCAUGGAUUCGCUCGUUCCCUUCCUCCCUGCUCUCGGUUCCAUCAUCUCCAUCUUGCUCACGAUUCCUGCUCUCCGAUGGGUCGAGACGAGAGGCCGUCGUCCUCUUCUGCUCAAGACUCUCCUCUUCUGCAUUGCUGCCAACUCGUUCCUUCUCGUCUUCACUCUCAUUUCACAAGACGGUUCCGGUUGGGCAUCCUGGGGAUUCGCAGCAGCCUUUUUCCUCUACGGAAUCGGCUACAAUCUGGGAGUGGGGCCCGUUGCUUACUUCCUGCCGGCAGAGUUGGUCCCUCCGGAAGCAGCCAGUGCUAGUUUGGGUGCGUUGAAGAGAAAGAAUGGAUUGAUCGGAAGCGAGUGUGAUUUAGGGUCUGCCGUGGCCGUCAACUGGAUGUGCACAAUCACAACAACACUUUUCUAUUAUCCUUUGAGCAAGUCAAUUGGCGGAUGGAGCUACUUGAUAUUCAUCAUUCCCACGUGAGUUCUGUCUUUCCUAUUUUGAGUAAUUCUCCCAUUUCAGCUCGUUGUUCUCAAUGAUUUUGUGGAGGUUGUUGCCGGAAACAAAGUUCCACUACAAGGUGCUCGAAUUGUAUUUUCCGACAGAAUAUUAGUUGUUUUUCAGAUUGAUCCACUAGAAAUCCGUCUUCUAACAGACUUGGGACCUUCAUUAGCACCGAAUUACGGGACACUUGAUGCAGACGAACCCACAUUAUUUUAA